GAGGCGGGCCUGGGCUCUGGCUGAGGCCACCGUGGGCCGCACACGCCCCUGCGGUCGUGCCGGGGAAUCGGGGGAACCCAGCGCCGCCGCCCAGGGCGCUCCCGAGUUCCCGCAGCCCCGCGCAGGUCAGGAGGGCGCGGCCCGGAUCUGAUCGUUUUGUGGACAGCGCGACUCUCAGAGUGGUCAGCGAGCCACUGAAACCGGCAAGAGGCUCAGGGGGCGCCUCCUGGCGGAGGUCUGGGGAUCCCGGGGCGGUUAGGGGGCUGGAUCUGCGUUUUGGGGUUGGCAGCCGAAGAGGCUGCGGCGGGGUCACUUCCUCUUGUCUCCAGGCCUCGGUGGCUGGGCUCAGGCGGGGCAUGCGCAAUCCCCCACUUGUCGCUUAGUUGAGGAAAGUGUCCAGCGCCCCAGAGAUCACCGUUGACCGACUGGCCAAAGAUUGAGAGGCAAGCCCGGGGCCUUGGCACGGAAAGGGGCCGAGAGGCGCCCUGGGCCCGGUGGAUUAGGGCGCCCUGGCAGACACAGUGGAGUGGGCAGCCAGCCAGCCAGCCACCCGCUUACAGACUCCUGAGCAGUGCCAGGCCCGGGGCGGGACGCACAGAACCGUGUGGGGGGUGGGAGGACAAGGCUGACCUGCAGGAGUCCUCUGCCCUCUGAACCGCUGGGGCAGAGGGACGUCCAUCCCUCGACAAACCAGCAAAGGAAAGCUUUUCAUUUCCUGACACGUGCUGUGAAGGAAAUAAAACGGCGAGGUGGUGCCUGUGGGCCGAGCCCCAGAAAGAUGAGAUCCAGAACCUAGGGAUCCUCUUGCAGAUUCUACCCGUCCCCAACCCCCUUUCAAAACACAACUCUUUCCCUGACUGUAGUCUUGAGGAGUCUCCACGAAUCCCGGUCUCUCCUGCAGUUUCUUGAUUCUCCAGGCUGUUAUUCUGCCCUGGGCCUUUGCUUCCCUUUCUUCCUCCUGGAACCUCUCCCUCCUUUUUCUAUGCACAUUCUUGUCUCAGCUCAGCCUCACCUUCUCAGAGAGGCCUGGACAUAGUCACAGUGCUGUUGUAAUUUUCUUCCUAACCCUGAUUUUCUGCUCAGAUCUUGCUUAUUUUACUUAUGGUCCUUCCCUCCCCAAAUGUCAACUCCAGGAAGGUGAAGGUUUGUCUGUCUUGUUCAGCACUGUGUUCCAGUGCUCAGAAUAGUGCCUGGUACAGAGUUUGCACUCCAUAAAUGUUGGUGAGGUGAUUGAAGGAAAUGCUCCAGGACCAGGAGGGCCACCUGCUGCUGGAGCAGAGAGGGUGAAGGGAAGAGGUGUGCAGGGCAGACUGCGUGGGGUCUUGCUGGCCCAUCGAGGAGUCUGGUUUUACACAGGAAGUGUUGGAGGAUGAGUCGGGGAAGGAACUGAUCUAGCUUGUUUUUAGAGGGGCCCUUGCACCCUAGUAGGUCUGAGGAAGUUAGCAGUGCAAUGGACCCUGCUUCACCCAGUUACUGGCUAGGAGGGCCUGGCAGGUGCUGGCCCAGCCCAACCUGCCCCCCAGCUGCUGUACUCUCCCUCCUCAGGCCCCUGACUGCCAGCGGUGGUAUUUCCCCUUGUCACCUGGAACCCCAUGCAGCCAGAACCUGGGCCUAGCGGGGCUGGGGCCUGCAGCCGAUUCCUGCCCCUGUGGUCGCAGUGCCCCAAGGGGGCAGGGGACGCGGUGAUGUAUGCUUCCACUGAGUGCAAGGCUGAGGUGACACCUUCUCAGCAUGGCAACCGCACCUUCAGCUACACGCUGGAGGAUCACACCAAACAGGCCUUCGGCAUCAAAGAACUGCGGCUCAGCCAGCAGCUCUGCGAUGUCACGCUGCAGGUCAAGUACAAGGACAUACCAGCCGCCCAGUUCAUGGCCCAACAAGGUGGUGCUGGCCUCGUCCAGCCCUGUCUUCAAGGCAUGUUCACCAAGGGCUGCUGGGAGCAGGGCAUGGAGGUGGUUCCCAUCGAGGGCAUCCACCCGCAGGUCAUGGAGCGCCAUGAGUUCGCCUACACGGCCUCCAUCUCCAUGGGUGAGAAGUGUGUCCUCCACGUCAUGAACGGAGCUGUCAUGUACCAGAUUGACAGUGUGGUCCGCGCCUGCAGCGACUUCCUGGUGCAGCAGCUGGACCCCAGCAACGCCAUUGGCAUUGCCAACUUCGCCGAGCAGAUUGGCUGUGCUGAGCUGCACCAGCGUGCCCGGGAGUACAUCUACAUGCACUUUGGGGAGGUGGCCAAGCAAGAGGAGUUCUUCAACCUGUCCCACUGCCAGCUGGUGACUCUGAUCAGCCGGGACGAUCUGAACGUGCGCUGCGAGUCUGAGGUCUUCCAUGCCUGCAUCAACUGGGUCAAAUACGACUGUGAGCAGCGGCGUUUCUACGUGCAGGCGCUGCUACGUGCAGUGCGCUGCCACUCGCUCACGCCUCACUUCCUGCAAAUGCAGUUGCAAAAGUGCGAGAUCCUGCAGUCGGACUCGCGCUGUAAGGACUACCUGGUCAAGAUCUUCCAGGAGCUCACGCUGCACAAACCCACGCAGGUGAUGCCCUGCCGGGCCCCCAAGGUCGGCAGGCUCAUCUACACGGCCGGUGGCUACUUCCGACAAUCCCUCAGCUACCUGGAGGCCUACAACCCCAGCAACGGCACUUGGCUGAGGCUGGCCGACCUACAGGUUCCACGGAGUGGCCUGGCAGGUUGCGUGGUGGGUGGGCUGCUGUACGCCGUGGGCGGCCGAAACAAUUCCCCAGAUGGCAACACUGACUCCAACGCUCUGGACUGCUACAAUCCCAUGACCAACCAGUGGUCGCCCUGUGCUCCCAUGAGCGUGCCUCGCAACCGUAUCGGGGUCGGGGUCAUCGAUGGGCACAUCUAUGCAGUUGGAGGCUCCCACGGCUGCAUUCACCACAACAGUGUGGAGAGGUAUGAGCCCGAGCGGGAUGAGUGGCACUUGGUGUCCCCAAUGCUGACCCGGAGGAUCGGGGUGGGCGUGGCUGUUCUCAAUCGCCUGCUCUAUGCUGUUGGGGGCUUUGAUGGGACGAACCGCCUUAAUUCAGCCGAGUGUUACUACCCGGAGAGGAACGAGUGGAGAAUGAUCACCCCCAUGAACACCAUCCGAAGUGGGGCAGGAGUCUGCGUCUUGCACAACUGUAUCUAUGCCGCUGGGGGCUACGAUGGUCAGGACCAGCUUAACAGUGUGGAGCGUUUCGAUGUGGAGAAAGAAACAUGGACUUUUGUAGCCCCCAUGAAGCAUCGUCGAAGUGCCCUGGGGAUUACUGUGCACCAGGGGAGAAUCUACGUCCUCGGAGGCUAUGAUGGUCACACGUUCCUGGACAGUGUGGAAUGCUACGACCCAGAAAAAGACACCUGGAGUGAGGUGACUCGAAUGACAUCGGGCCGGAGCGGGGUGGGCGUAGCUGUCACCAUGGAACCCUGCCGGAAACAGAUCGACCAGCAGAACUGCACCUGUUGAAGCACUUUUGUUACUUGGGGGAGAAAAGAAAGCAUUGUAUUUGUACCCAACAACAGACAAAGAAGAGGUGACAGCAGAUACUCCUCCUCCAGGAAGGGAGGCUGGAUGCCUCCAUGUCCAAAUGACCACUCACAAGCAGACCAGAGUGGGACCCACAGCCUCUCCCUGUAGCCCCAGGAGUGUCCAAGACAGACCUCUUGGGAGGGGUGUAGGAAGGACACGCUCCCAGGAGAGGUCCCACAGCCACUUGGGAGGGACUAGGACACCACCAGCUGCCACCUCCCUUUGAGGUGAAAGCAAGUGCCAGCUCAGACUGGCUUUCGUUUCCUGCAUCUUUGCAGUUGGUUCCCAGAGACCUCUAAGGGGUCAGGUGAGGCCUCAGGGGCUGAGGCCCCAGGAAGUAUCCCCAGGGAUGGGCCUGUACAUAAAAGCCACUGAGUGUCUCUGCCCUGGACAGUCAUUUUGUUGAUAAGUAACCCUGUAACUUUCCAAUGAGAAUAAAGAACAAACUAAC